AUGAAAGGGGAACCCGCAGUGAUCACGGUGGUGCCACUCAAGAUGUCUCUUCCCACAAAAUUAAUUAAGCGAGCACUCAACAAUCCACAGCUCCAGCUCAGCCAACAGCAUACUACUCCUAAAAUGGCGGAGCUGGUGUGUGGGCCCUCUGCUGAACCACUACAGAUGUCAACUCUACACAAGCUGGACAACAUCUUUGCAGCAUUCCUAUCUCACGUGGCUGAGAAGCAGAAGGGUCCAUCGACACCUCCAAGCUACCACUCAGUUGCUGUCAUGCCUAUGGGGGAUCUUGCUGGGCUUUCGACUCCUGACGCAACCGGCCUCCAAGACUCUGCUACGCACCAUGCAAAGUCAGCGACCUGGAUGGUGGAAUUCCUGCUCCAGCUUCCCAGAUGGAGAGCAGAGCGGAACAGCAGCCAUGGGAUCAUGACCCUACCACCUACUUGCUUCUUUUCUGCUCAUACUGUCGACAGGACCUCAUGGUGUGAUUCCAGCACUCAUCUUACUGACUACCGGUGUGGUUAUAGCCUUGGUGGACUGUGCUAUCAGGUUCCAGCAGCUCCACAGAAUGGGUAUCGGCUAGCUUCAGGCAGCAAUGGUGGGCUUUUGGUAGUCAUAUCUUGUCUGCAAUGGGGACUGUUAUUUGUGAUACUUUAUGAGCACUGA